AUGGUUUCUGUUGGCUUAUUUAGUUAUGGUUACCUAAAUGUCUUAUUGGAAAAUUAUCAAACUUUCCUUCUCAGUAAGAAGCAAGAAGCAAGAUGGGAAAAGGAAGAAGCAAGAGGCGAGUACAACAAACAAUACACAUUGGCAAGGCAGUUCUUGGAAAGGCAAAGAAUUCUCAUCGAGAAUCAAUUUGAAGGCAGGCAGAAGCAUUUCUUCCACACACUCACCAAACUUUUCCUUCCUUCGACUUGA